UCGCGGCGGUGGUCAGUGUUGGUUCAGUUUAUUAAGGUAUUACCAAUAAAUACUUGGAGAUUAUGUGCCAAUGGCGAGGCUAUUUAUGUAUUUUAUAUGUCGUUCUUCAAUGUUACUUACAACUAGUAGAUAAUGCUGUAUUGUAUGAGGGAUCAAACUGCAAAUCACCUGACGUACCAGAUGGGACAUGUACGAGGGCGACAAUGUGUCCUCCAGCAAUUGAAUCUCUUAAAAGAACUCAUUCUUCUGGGUUAAAAAGAUGCGGGUUUGUUGAUAGAGACGAACUAGUUUGUUGUCCAUCGGUUAAUAUCAGGAAACCUGAUGAUAAUGACCUUACUUCGACAGAAAUUGAUAACAUAUUUACUUCAACAGAAGAUAACAGUAAACCAACAAGAUUUAUUAAAAGAAAAUAUGAACAAGCUUGUGAAGAUAUUUCCGCCUUUGCCAAAUCCGAAGUUAAUUUCCAUAUUAUUGGUGGUACCAACGCCGAUAAUGCAGAAUUUCCUCAUAUGGCAGCACUGGGAUACGAAGUGGAUAACGCAAUCAGUUGGGAUUGCAGCGCAUCUAUCAUAUCAAAGAAAUUUUUAGUUACUGCUGCCCACUGUAUCGCAAAUUUAAAACAAUUGGUACCAAAAAUAGUCCGCCUGGGAGUUACUAAAUUAAACGAAACGAAUCCACAGGAUUUUUUUAUAAAAAAUAUUACAGUAUUUCCAAAGUACAAUCCAACUUCGAAACACAACGAUAUCGCGCUGAUAGAGGUCAAUAAAGAAAUAAAAUACUCCAAGAAAGUUUGUCCAGCCUGCUUAUAUUUCAAAAAUGACGACCCUACUGGCCUUAUUGUAACUGGAUGGGGGAAAACUUCGAUAGCUAUUGAGGAUGAUAGAAGUAAUAUACUCCAGAAAGCAACGUUAGUUCCAUAUCCACUCCAUAAAUGUAAUAUAUCUUACUUCAGUAGAACAAUAGGAAGCAAGACCAUUGUUCAAACCCAAAUCUGUGCUGGAUCUAAUGAAAGUGACGCUUGUUGGGGGGAUUCUGGAGGACCACUUCAAAUUCAAAACAUAGAUGGGACUUUUUCAGUUGUAGGGAUCAUUUCUUAUGGAGCAGGUUGUGGGGGAAAAAUUCCAGGCGUGUAUACCAGAGUGUCGAAGUAUUUAGAAUGGAUUGAAAAUAUAGUUUGGCCUUAAAAUAAAAUAAGAUUUAAAA